UUGCACGGAGUAGAUAGAGACUUAAAGUCACACACUCCCUAUCCUUUGACAGUCAUGGAUGGCAGCUUUGCAUAUUACGGGACCCUGAUACACUCGCACUCCCCGUCACAGAUCGAAAUCCUUGACGACACGCUCGUCAUAGUCGACGACAGAGGCAAGAUAAGCCACAUCUCCCCACAAUUCCAACCCAGAGAUGGCCGAAGCUUGGAGGACAGCAUAGGGCCAUUAAUCGACCGACCCGAUGCUCGCAUCCCUGUCGUUCGCUUGCAAUCUCCCAGCCAAUUCCUCGUCCCGUCCUUCAUCGACACCCAUGUCCACGCGCCUCAGUUCUCCAUGCGCGGCCUCGGCCAAGGCCUCCAUAUCCUGGACUGGCUGGACCAGAUCACCUUCCCGCACGAGGCCAAAUUCCGCGACACCGACUACGCGAGGCAAGUCUACGCGAGAUGUGUCGACAUGGGCCUCCGCCAGGGCGUGACCACCGCUUGCUACUUUGGCAGUCUGCACACGCCGGCGACCAAGAUCCUCGUGGACGUGUGCCUCGAAAAGGGCCAACGGGCGUUCGUGGGCAAGACGUGCAUGGAUAACCCCGAGACCAAUCCCGAGUAUUACAGAGAAGACACGGCGGAAGUGGUGGCCGGAACGAGAGAAGUCAUCGAGCAUUGUCGGGCCGUCGACGGGAAAGGCGACAUUGUCAGGCCGAUCCUAACGCCACGGUUUGCGAUCAGCUGUACACCGGAGUCACUGACUGAGCUGGGCAAACUGGCACGGGAGCACGAGCACGCCUAUGGCGUGGGACAAGGGAUCCCAAACCAAACCCACUUCUGCGAGGCGCAGCAAGAAAUCGACGCUACCUUAAAACAGUACAGGAACUUCAGCUGCGAAGCCGACUUGUACACGCACUAUGGGCUGUUCGACCACAGCUCAGUGCUUGCACACUGCACGCUGCUCAGCGAGGACGACCAGGCCAAAAUCAAGCAACGGAACUGUGGAAUCGCCCACUGCCCAGCCUCCAACACCACCGUCGGCGGCGGGUUCAUGGCCGCCCCGAUCCGGAAACUGCUGGCGGAUGGGGUCACGAAGAUCGGACUAGGAACUGACUCCGGCGGCGGCUUCUCCUGCAGCAUCAUGGACGCGAUGCGCCUGGCUUUGAUCGUGGGCAACGCGCGGGAAAUGCUGUCGGCGGGCAAGGAGGAGAGACUGAAGCUGGAGGAGAUCUUUUACAUGGCGACGCUGGGCGGGGCCAAGGUCCUGAGGAUGGAGGACCGAGUCGGAUCGUUCGAGGUGGGAAAACAGUUCGACGCUCUUUUGGUGGACAUGAGUGACCCUUACCACAACGCGUCCGGCCGUUUUGACGCGGUGCACACCAUGAUGGACGGCGAGAGCCAAAGCGCCGACGGGAUCAGGUCCGUCUGGGAGAAAUGGGUCAUGUCUGGGGACGACAGGAAUCUGAGGAAAGUCUGGGUUGGCGGGAAGGUAAAGAAAGAUACCUUGGGAGAUCGGUGAAGGGUGAAGCGGGAUACGAAGCUGUGGAUGCGACACAGAAGGGGAGCUGUCUCUUCGAAAUUCAUGGAGAACAACUUCUCGGGAUGCUUGAAAUAGAGACGUUAGAGGACUGGUACAUACCCGAUAGAGAAACGGAUCACGGAGGAUGGCUGGAUAGCCUGGUGCGAACUCCUCGUUGCUACAGCCUCGUCUUCCGUUUCGGGAAACACGGACCCCACGCGGGGUUUGCGGGGAGACGGGGAGAACCCAAGAUGGAGAAUCCUUGGACAUCUACAAAGUGAGGGCCAACAUAACUGAAGAGAGGGGGUCUUUGUGGUUCCUGGUUACGACUUCGGCAGUUGACAUGAACGUAGCCUGGUCCAGCUUGACUGUGGUUUCUUGGAUGAGGAAACUGGUCGUAACGACGAGGAAGGAACAACAAAUCUCCUUGAAGCCACCUUUGUCCCUUCUCAGCAGGCAUGAAGUCCUCAACCACAGACCAAGGCACAGGGUUUACGAUUUCCUUGCUCUCGAGGAGCCUCUCCCUUGAUUGUUGACAGUCUUCCCGAAACGCAUUCUGCAGACUUUGUCGAACUCGAGACUGUCGACCCACUCCAAGGUCCCUGCGUGCUGCCAUCAUCACUAGCACCGCGGGACCCCGAGGGGGACGACAUGGGGCAUUCGCUCUUUUUGGAGAACGGCCAUGUGUCUCAGGACGACAGUGCGGAGUCCCUUGUUGGUCCCAAAGCACAGCAAAUCCUACAAAAGGUGAGUCUCCUACAAAAGGACAUUGUAACGAGGGGCUCUGCUCGAGUGUGGUGAGUCUCAAGUUUGCCAGGGCUUCA